AAUGGCGGCGGUGGCGGCGGCCGGAGCGGGAGCGGCGGGAGCGGCCGGCGCGGUGGCGGCCCCGCCGCGGGGCAUCCGCGCCUGGCUGCGGAGCGCCUUCCGCUUCGCCACCGACCGCAACGACUUCCGCAGGAACCUGCUGCUCAACCUGGGGCUGUUUGCCGCCGGCGUCUGGGUGGCCCGGAACCUGACCGACAUCGACCUGAUGGCCCCGCAGCCCGUACCGUAGCUCCGAGCAGAACCGGCUCCCCUGAUGGUGCUGACUCCUGUCCCAGGAAGGAGCUGGAGCUGCUGGGAGCAGAGCUCGCCCUCCCACCAGGACUGGAGCUGUGGAGCUGCUCAGAUCCCACCUGGAGCUGCUGAGAUCCCACCUGGAGCUGCUCUGGUCCCACCUGGAGCUGCUCAGAUCCCUUUGGAGUUGUUCUCAUCCCACCUGGAGCUGCAUCCCACCUGGAGCUGCUCUGGUCCCCCCUGUCCUGCCUGGAGCAGUGACAAGGACAAAAGGUUUAAUGCUGAGAGGAAGAUUUGGUUUCCCAUUCAUUCCUUUGGGAAUUGUUUCCUUGAGGAUGUUCAUGGAAUUUCCUCCUGUACCCCCCACCCCCAGAGGUUUAUUAAAUUUUAUGGAAUAA